GUGCUUCACUCUGAACAGUCGUUUUGCGGGAAGUUUGGAGAGCAGAGCUGUUGCAACAACUUGCCGCUCACGUGAGGAAAGUUUUUAUAAUCAAGCAAGAUGCCACCAAAGAAGGCAGAUGGGGUGAAGAAAGCAAGAGCUCCAGCUAAGAGAAAACUGGCUGAAGAAUUCCCGUCUGGAGAAGUCCUGACAGAUAACGCAAAGAAAAAAUGGAAGCUUGGAUCAGCUGUUGGACAAGGAGGUUUUGGCCUGCUGUAUCUUGCAAAUGAAGACUCUUCUGGACCUGUCACCGCUGAUGCACCUUAUGUCAUUAAAGUGGAACCAAGUGAAAAUGGCCCUCUCUUCUCUGAACUGAAGUUCUACAUGCGAGCUGCCAAACCUGAUCUAAUCGGGGCUUGGAUGAAGUCAAAGAAAAUGGAGUAUUUGGGAGUUCCAAAAUAUUGGGGUUCUGGUUUUCAUGAGAAAAAUGGGAAAAGGUAUAGAUUUAUGGUAAUGGAUCGAUUUGGAACAGAUCUACAGAAGUUGUUUGAAGGAAAUGGGAAGAAGUUUUCAAGGAAACUGGUUCUACAGCUGGGCCUUCGACUUCUUGACAUUCUGGAGUACAUCCAUGACCAUGAAUAUGUGCAUGCAGACAUCAAAGCCUCCAACCUCCUCCUGUCCUACACCAACCCCAAUCAGGUAUUUUUAGUAGAUUACGGACUGGCCUAUAGAUAUGCUCCUGAAGGAGUGCCAAAGGAGUAUAAAGAAGACCCAAAGAGGUGUCAUGACGGUACCAUUGAGUUCACAAGCAUUGACGCACACAAAGGAGUCUCUCCAUCAAGACGAGCUGACCUGGAAAUCAUGGGCUACUGCAUGAUCCAGUGGUUAUGCAGCCAUCUGCCCUGGGAAGACAAACUUCAGGACCCGCUCUACGUCAGAGACUCCAAGCUUAGGUGUAGAGACAAUAUUGAUGAGUUCUUGAAAAGCUGUUUCGCUUCAGGAAAUAUACCAGCUGAAAUGGGGAAGUUCAUGCAAGAGGUCAAGGUUCUCGGAUACACAGAGAAGCCAGAUUACGCAAAAUUACGAGGUAUUUUGCAGCAAGGCCUGAAGUCCAUAGGGUCAACAGAUGACAAAAAGCUGGACUUUGGAGUGUCGACCAACAGCACAAGUUUGCCCUCUGUCAAGACUCCCAAGCGAAAGAAGGCAGAGGAAAAAGGCCAGUCUGCUGACGAUACCGAUGGCACCCCAGCAAAGAAGAGGCGAGCUCCUCAGAAGAAGGAAGUGAAUGGGGCUAAAAAGACGGCAAGUCCUGCAAAGCGUCCAGCAAAGAAAGAAGCUCAGGCCUCCACUGAGCCAGCGGUGAAGAAAAGCCGAGGAAGGCCUAAGAAGAACUCUUAAUCCUUUUUGCACUCCAGUUCAAGUCGUUUUCUUUUUGUAUCUUUUAAAUUGUCUGGUCUGUAUUUGUUCUCUGUGGUUGAAUUUUCUUAAACUUUAGCAGGGUGUUGGGUACACUCUCGCAGUGAAAUGAUAAUAAAUAUGGGGUAAAGAAAAAAAAAACGA